CAAUGAUGUAAUGAUUUCCAUCCAGUACGCCCUGAACUGGAGCGCAUCAUUUUCUCUCCGUCCUUCAACAGUUAUCCAAGGAUACCCAGUUACGAUCACCGUUCCCUUCAAAAUAGCCCACUUAAUAGUAGCCUAUUGUCUCAUUCAGUAACCGCAUUCAUCCGAAUACCCUUCUGCUCUCCUGACCGCCUGUGCACCGUUAGCAUUCCGGGGGAGCAUACAUAUUGAUUGCUGAGGCAGUGGAAAACGGAUAGGCUUACAUCCCCUGAUAGCGUAGCCUAUGUUAUCCUCCUGCGCCUGAAGGUAGAAGCUGGCGAUGCUGUUUCCCUCGACUUGAUUUGAAGCCUUUCGCAGUGGGGUGUUUGCGACAUUGCAUACAUACGUUUGGGGGCAUCCGCCGGUGACUACGAAGAUGGCAGAGAAGGCAGUCAAUGCAGCGUCCAGUGGUGCCUUGACAGGAUUGACUCAGCCAUCAAUUGCAGAGAAGAGAUCCCAAAGCAACGGCCAUGGCUCCCCAGCCCGUGUGGUACUUUAUCCAGGGAGCCCAGCUGCGAAACACAAUGAGGUGCUGAGCCCACCCUCGGUCACAGAGAAGAGGCCCCAGCUCAAUGGGCUCCCCUCCCCUUUACUUCUGCCAGGCAACAACACUAACAAUCAUGCAGGUAAACAGUAUGUGGAAGGGUAUCUGAGGACAGACGACAGGAUGCGUUUAGCCAAAGAGAGACGUGAGGAGAGAGAUAAAGGUCUAGCGGUGCGAGAGCAGGCGAUCAGGGAGAAGGAGCGGCGGGCUCUGCUGCAGUAUGAGCGUACGGUGGAGGAGCGCUGGAGGAAGCUGGAGGAGCAGAGACAGAAAGAGGAGCUCCGCAGAGCUGCUGUGGAGGAAAAGAGGAGGCAGAGGCUGGAGGAGGAGAAGGAGCGGCUGGAGGCUCUGAUGAAACGCUCCCUGGAACGCAGCCUGCAGCUGGAGCAGAGGCCCAAACGCUGGACAUGGGGCGGACCUGGAGGAGCACAGGGUGACAGUGAGAAUGCCCCUCUCCUUGCCUCCGCCUUUCCCCAUGAACUCGCCGCCCCCCUUCCUGCUGCCAGCGAAUCCGCUCCCUGCAGCCCCCACAGGGCACCCUAUCGGGGCUCGCCAAGCCGGGCUGAUCGACGGAGGCUCCAGGGCUCUGCAGAGGAGUCAGCAGGAGGGUCUCGCUCCACCCCUCAAACCCCCAAGAAAGAAAGGUUACGCAGAGAGAGGAGGACUGGCUCCCCAGCGACAGGCUCCCCUGUGAGAAGAGGAGAAUCCCCAGCCAUGUUCACCAGACGCUCAGCCUCCCCCGCCACCCCCAAGUUGCUGCCUAAGAGCCGUACGCAGUCUCCCUGCACUGUGCGCCAGUACCACUCCUCUCCCAUCAGGCACAGACCCACCACCCCGGUUACCGACGGCAACAAGAAGGAGGACGGACAAGUUGAAGAAGCCAAAGGUCACAACAACAUCAAUGACAGAAAUGUAUCCAAGCCAGAAACCCCUGUGAAAAGGAUGUCUGAUAUCCAGAGCCCUGAGAAGUACUCUCAAGCAGACACCCCUGAAAAAAAACAGGCCAACCCUGAGACCCCAGAAAAAAGAUUCCCCAAAACUGAGACCCCCGGUAAGAACUUAAAAGGUGAGAUUUCUGAAAGAAAGGACUCUAUGACUGACACUUCUGAUAAGAAAGCCUCCAAAAUAGACACCCCAGACAAGAAGAUGCCAAAGUCCACCAGCAGUGACCUGAAUGCAGAUAAGAGCACAGAGCCAUCGCCAGUGACACCAACAGGGAAAGGAGUUGUCGGGACGACAAAUGCAGAGGAAGCAUCCAGACUGCUAGCGGAGCGUAGGCGCCUGGCCAGGGUGCAGAAGGAGUUGGAGGAGAAACAACGUUGUGAGCAGGAGGAGGAGGAAUGUCUGAAGGUGGAGCAGCUGAGGAGGAGACAGGCAGAGGUGCGGGCACGGCAGGAGGAGGAGGCUCGGCGGGCUGAGGAGGAGAAGAGCAGACAGGAGGACCUUCGCAGGAGGAGAGAGGAAGUGGAGAAACAGCAGAGGGAGGUCCGGGAGAAGGGGCUACAGGUCCAGAUGGACAGAGAGAAGGAGGAGGCCGAGUUUCAGGCUCAGAAGGAUGCAGAGCGUCAGCGUCAGGAGCGAGAGAUCCUGAAGCUGCAAGAGGAGGAAGAAAGACAGCUGAGAAAGAAGAGAAUUGAGGAGAUAAUGAAGAGAACCAGGAAGAGUGAUGAGAACCAGGAAGAGAUGAAGCAGAAGGAGGAGGGGCAGGUGGAGACUCAACCUGUCUCACCACCAGGGGAAAUGCAGAUGAACUCAAAGAUGAACAUUGAAACUAAUGCUCAGGUGAAUGUGCAUGAAAACCCAAAGGUUAAGUCUCAGGUUAAUGGGCAGGUCGCUGCCUGUGUCAACAAGCAGGACAGUGCCCUGCUGAAGGGACAAGCCACUGAUCAGGUGACCCCACUGAAGAAUGUUCUGGAAAAGGGACAGGACGCUAAACAAGUAAAUGGACAGGGUGCAGCCCAGGCGCUCAACCAAGAGAGUGUCUUUGUGAAGGGAAAGGUCACUUCCCACGUGACCAAGCAGGAGAGUGCACAAGUGAAUGCAAAGACCACUGACCAAAUUAAUCAGCUGAAGAACACAAAGAGACCGGAUGUUCCCCAAGUGAAUGUACAGGUGAAGAAACAGGAAGGUACCCAGGUGAGCAGCCAAGCCACUACUCAGCUCAAAACCCAGGAGAGUACUCAAGUAAACGUGAAGUUGAUCAGACAAGGGGUGCAGCCCAACAAUCUGUCCCUGGCACCCCUACCAGUGGGCCACCUCCCACCUCCACUCAUCAACCUGGAGCUUCUGGAUGUGAAGAGCAACGGGGCGUGUGAUGAGGUGCAGUCCAUGGAGGUCAGCCCAGUUUCCAAGGAGGAACUUAUCUCCAUCCCAGAGUUCUCCCCAGUCAAUGAGGUCCAGCACAACGGCAUGAGUAAUGCCCGAGCCCUGGAGGAUCUGCUGGACCUGACGGGCCAUGUGGCCUACCCCAAACUCUCCCCCAUGGGCAGCCUAGGAGACUGCAACAAGAACCUGAUUGAGGGGCUCUGCAGUCCUGGCGCCGAUUCCAAGCUCAUCCUCCACCCUCAAACAAGCUCAACAUCCAGUAGUCAGAACCCUGGAAUGGCAAGCCAUGAUGGAAGGAGCAGAGGGAAAUCAUCUGCGUUGUCUGAUGUUAUUGAGGAUGGAAGUCUCUGCACCUCUUGAGAUGAGAGAGAAAUCACUCUGAAUGUAGUUUUGAUCCUCCUUGUUGGUCUCCAACCUUGAAUGUCCAUUAACCUUCAACCUCCUCCUACAAUACAUCUGGCCACAUAGCCUUGGACAAUGGAACUUAAGUGACAAUAACAUUAAUAGAAUUACUAUACUUGUCAAAUAAUACCAUGACGAUAGUCAUAUAUAUCGGUGUCAUGCCAUGUAUUGCAUAUAGCAGUUGUUAGUGUGGUGUCUGAAACGUGGGUGGAUGUGUGUAUGUCUCAAUGAAAGAAAGUGCCCAUGAAGCAAUUUACUCUUGACUACCUGUUAUGAUCUAAAGCAGUUAGCUAAGCUAGUUAAAUCUCAUUUGAAAACAAAAGCAUUUAUUCUGUAGUUGGGUAGAAGCACAGACUGGUGAUAACCUCUCCUCUCCUUAAAUAUUUAUUUUAUCGUGAAAGACCCGGCAUAUACAGAUGUAGAAUAUCAUUUCAGUAAGUUGCCUUUGCUAUUGCAGUGUUGUUCCUCUAAUGAUUGAAAGUUUCAUAUUGCUCUGAAUCCACCUAAUGUAGUUUAGUAUGCACUGAUCAUUCAAUUAGAUUGUUCCACUGAAAAGUCUACAGUUUUCAAUUCUGGCUGUGGAUGCCUUAGGCUAGCUCGUAUCUCCCUGGACAUGAUUAACUCCCAAGAGACUCAAGCUUGUCACAAUGUAUGUAUCCAACCUGCUGUGUGAUUGGGAUUGUAGCAUGUGUGCCAUAAUACUUCAACCCAGCUCAAAUAGUACUGCAACUCAAAAGUCAACAUAAAGAAUCUGUACAAUAACAUUCCUCAUUAUAAUCCAGAUUGCCACCAACCCAUGCAUUGCAGGUUUUGUGGUAUCUUUUCUUCCUUGAUCUACAAAGUACUGAGCUGUGCCUGAGCACUCAAAAGUCUGAACCAUCUGAGCUGGUAUAAUUUGUAUGUUAGAUUGGUGACAUAGGACAAAACCUAUGAUGUGUUGUCCAAAUUAAGUUAUUACGGUGUGUAUAUGCACAGAUGUGAGUGGUCAGUCACUGGAUCCACUUGGACUGUAUUGUAUUUUGAUAAAUAAUGCACCAAAAGGAGGCAAGAUUUUUACCUGAAGACUAAGCAACCAGGGAUUUAGAAAAUCAGGUUUAUAGAGAACACAUUUUAACAGUUCAAACCUACUGUGGAGUUUCUGUUGUAUUUCUAACUAAAGCAGCAUUGCAGUUAAUUAAAAAAUGUAACUAUUGUAGACAUUAUGCAUGGGUCAUUAGCAUGAGCAUAAGAUGAUAAAUACCAGUACUAUUAAUAAACCUUCAAACAAUAAUG